AUGCCAAUUGGAAAAAAAAAUCACAAAGGUCCUAAACUUAAGCAGCUUUUCUGGAAGCUAGUUAGAAGCACCUACAUGCAGGAGUAUGAAUUGGCAUGCCGGGAGUUAGAGAAGGAAAAUGGGCAAGCUUUUGCUGAUUUAAUGGACAAGAACCCGAGCAGUUUUUGUAGGGCCUUCCUCACCCCAACACAAUGCUCUGAUGCUAUUCUCAAUAACGUCUGUGAGUGUUUCAAUUCAUACAUUUUGGAGGCUAGAAAUAAACAUAUCAUAGACAUGCUUGAGGAGAUGAGAACAACGCUUAUGGAGAAGUUGUACAUAAAGCAUGUGGAGAUUGAAUCUGCUGGGAGUAGUUCAUCCGUAUGUCCAAAAAUUAAAAAGAAACUCAAUACAAUGCUAUAUGAGAGCAGAAACUGUACGACAAUACCUGCAAUAGGGGGAAAAUUCGAAGUUACUCAUUUUGAUGACAGAUUUGUAGUGACUCCUUCAACAAGGCAGUGCGGUUGUAGGAAGUGGGAUAUAACAAGCAUCCCUUGUUUGCAUGGUGUUGCUGCUAUUAACUAUCUGAAGCAGGAUGUGGAUGACUAUGUCCACCAAUACUUUUCUGUGAGCAAGUAUAAGGUGGCAUAUGGGUAUGGUCUACCAGCUGUGAAUGGGGAGAAACUAUGGCCUGUUGCCGAAGGUUUUCCAGUUACCCCAGCACAUGUGAGGAGAUGCCUGGUAGACCUAAGAAGGUUAGGAGGAGGGACCCAUUCGAGAAGGAUCCGGCCAGACCAAACAAGCUAA